AUGGUCGAAAAUGAGCAAGACGAUUUGACAAAUAUGCCGCGAACAUUGUCUUAUACUAGUGCCACUAGUGAAGCUCAAACAAAUGGUGCCAUUAAAGUGGGCAUUAUGUCCAUUGAUCCACUUAAAACAUCAUCACCUGAAAAUAAAGAUUCUGCUACAAAUGAUACAAUACCAGAAUUUUCAAUUGCGAAAAUCUAUAAAAAUUUACUUAUACUUGCCUUAGCUUUUGUUCUCCUAUUUACAGCCUACAAUGGUAUAGCUACACUUCAAUCAAGUUUAAACGUAAAAAAUAAUGUGGGUGUUAAUUCUCUUAUUAUAACUUAUUCAUUUUUGAUAUUUAGUUCGAUCGUUCUCAUUGGUGUUUGCAUGGAUUUAUUUGGUCUUAAAUGGACUAUUAUACUUGCUGAAAUUGGUUAUAUAUUUUAUAUAGCAGCUAAUAUAAAGCCAUUGCCAGUACUUAUGUAUAUCAGUGCAACUCUUGUUGGUCUCGCUGCUGCUCCAUUGUGGACAGCCAAAGCUACGUAUCUUAACCAAAUAGCGCGUUAUCAUUCUCAACAUAAGAAACAAACUCAUGAAAUAUCAGUUAGCUUAUUUUUUGGUAUAUUUUUUGCACUUUUCGGUACAAAUACAAUUUGGGGUAAUUUAAUAUCAUAUUUUGUACUUGCUCAAUCAAGUAAUCCACAAAUAUAUGAUUGUGGAGUUCAUUUUGAUCCUCAAUCGGCUCUAAAAACAAAUGUUACUCAAGAUGUCAAUGAUACAACUCGUUAUAUUCUGUGUGGAGUCUUUGCUGGAAUGGGUCUCCUGUCAAUGUUACUUUUGUUUUUCACACUUGAUUCAAUUCAAUUAACUCAAAAACAAACUAUGAAACAAUUAUUAAGGAAAAGUCUCGAAGUACUUCUAUCAUUAAAAGAAUGGAAACAUGUUGAUCAAUUUUUUCUUAUUCCACUUACAAUGUGGACAACAAUUGAAACUGCAUUUUUAACAGCACAAUUCACUCGAGGCUUUGUCACUUGUCUUGUUGGCAUUCGCUAUGUUGGACUUGUUAUGGUGUGCAACGGUAUAUGCCAAGCAACAAGUAGCUAUGUGUUUGGUCGUCUCGUUAAAUAUACCGGUCGAAUAUUUGUUUUUGUUGUUGCUGCUGUAAUUAAUUAUGCAGUUAUUAUUCUAAUGUUCCUUUGGAAUCCACAACAAAGUCACAUAGCUCUACUAUUUGUCAUUGCUGGACUGUGGGGUAUUGCAGACGCUAUUUGGCAAACACAAGUUAUCGCUACUUACACAGUUCUCUAUUCGGAAACUGAUCCAAGUGCUUUAGCAAAAUAUCGACUAUGGAAAUCAGUGGGCUUUGUUAUGACCUAUAGUUAUUCUAGUUACAUAACCAUGCGACUUUCACUUAUUCUUCUUUUCGUUUAUUUAUCUAUAAGUAUGCUGGGUUAUGCAUUAGUUGAAAUACAUCUUCGUUGGGAAGAUCAUCGAAAAAAGAAACGUGCUGUCGCUGAUCAUGCUAUAACAUGA